GGUGACGUGCCUGGCCGAGGCCGCGCUAGGGCGCUGGAGCUGCUACAGAGCGGCUGUCAUGGCGUCGGAGGCGCUAGCUGAGGAGAGCCGGCCCCGGUGUCUAUAGGACCAGGGGCGGGCGGCCGGGGAUGGAGAACAGCCCUGACAGCCCACAGCCUCUGGAACUCGGGGUGGCGGCCGGGCGAGUGUCGCCGCCGGAAGGGCGACGGCGCGGCGGGCGCGAGGCUGAGGAUGGUCCCGCUGGACGCGCGGUGGACAGCGGCGGGCAGGGGGCGGCGGCAGCGCGGAGCAGCCUCGGGGACUGGACGUCCCCCUCGCAGCUCGGAUGCGGCGCGGGCUCGGACUUGAAGGACAACGCGUCGUCGAGCCCUGCCGCCUCGGAGGUGCCUUCAAGAGGGCAACACAAGGUGACCGCCUCCCCGGAGCUGGCCGAGGCCACUGGCCGAGGGUCGGGGCCAGUGGGCGACACCGGCACCUGCAGGGUGGAGCCGGUGGCGGAGGAGCCAAGCAGCACCGGCGCCCCGAGCAGCAGCUGCAGCGAGCCGAGCCCCCCUGGGGACUCGCCCAGCUUGGACUCCCUGGAGUCUUUCUCCAACCUGCAUUCUUUCCCCAGUAGCUCUGAGUUCAAUAGCGAGGAGGGAGCAGAGACCAGGGUCCCCGAGGACGUGGAGGAGGGCGCGGCGGGGCCGCCCAGGGCUGCACCUCUAUGCAAAGAGGAGGAGGAGGACCCGGCUCAGGUACUGGCGGCCUCCAAAGAACGCUUUCCCGGACAGUCAGUGUAUCACAUCAAAUGGAUCCAGUGGAAAGAGGAGAACACGCCCAUCAUCACCCAGAAUGAGAAUGGACCCUGCCCUUUGCUGGCCAUCCUCAAUGUUUUGCUUCUCGCCUGGAAGGUGAAACUUCCACCAAUGAUGGAAAUCAUAACUGCGGAGCAGCUGAUGGAAUAUUUAGGUGAUUAUAUGCUUGAGGCAAAGCCAAAAGAAAUAUCAGAAAUUCAACGUGUAAAUUAUGAACAGAAUAUGAGUGAUGCUAUGGCGAUCUUGCACAAACUGCAGACAGGCCUGGACGUGAAUGUCAGGUUCACUGGGGUACGAGUUUUCGAGUACACACCAGAGUGCAUAGUCUUUGAUCUUCUAGAUAUUCCCUUGUAUCAUGGGUGGUUAGUGGACCCUCAGAUUGAUGACAUUGUAAAAGCUGUUGGCAACUGCAGCUACAACCAGCUGGUAGAGAAGAUCAUCUCCUGCAAGCAGUCAGACAACAGCCAGCUGGUUAGUGAAGUACACAUUGGUUCCAUAGGCUUUGUAGCUGAGCAGUUUCUAAACAAUACAGCCACUCAACUGACGUACCAUGGAUUAUGUGAACUGACUUCAACGGUUCAGGAAGGAGAGCUCUGUGUGUUCUUUCGGAAUAAUCAUUUUAGCACCAUGACAAAAUACAAGGGUCAACUGUAUUUGUUGGUCACAGACCAGGGCUUUCUUACUGAAGAAAAAAUUGUCUGGGAAAGUCUCCACAAUGUAGAUGGUGAUGGAAAUUUCUGUGACUCAGAAUUCCACCUUCGGCCUCCUUCAGAUCCUGAGACUGUAUACAAAGGUCAACAAGACCAAAUAGAUCAGGACUACCUUAUGGCACUGUCACUGCAACAAGAACAGCAGAGCCAAGAAAUCAAUUGGGAGCAAAUUCCAGAAGGAAUCAGUGACUUGGAGCUGGCAAAGAAACUCCAGGAAGAGGAGGACCGACGGGCCUCUCAGUACUACCAGGAGCAGGAGCAGGAGCAGGCUGUUGUGACUACCACCACCCCUUCCACACAGGCCCAGCAGGGCCAGCCAGCACAAGCCUCUCCAUCAAGUAUAAAACAGCCUGGGAAUAGUGAACGGAAACGCAAGGAACCUCGGGAAAAAGACAAAGAGAAAGAAAAAGAAAAAAAUAGCUGUGUGAUUUUGUAGGGAAUGCUGACGUCUGUGGGAACCACCUAUGCAGAUGACGGAAAGGAAGACCCAGUACCUACCGUCUGUGCCUGAUCUCCCAAGGGAUUUUGCUCAUGUUUUCCAGGGGAAGGUUGUUACUUUGUUACAAUCAGCUUUUUCAAGUUACACAACACACUCUUUAUGAGCUGGAGUUUUAUGUUACAAGUUGGAACUGUUGUGUGUUGUCACUCGUAGCCAAAUGAGUAUAUCACUCCUAUUUUGUGUCUAGUGACAGUGCAACUCCAAUCAGUAAGCUACUGUGUUCUGUGUGACAAUGGAUGGAGGUCACUGAGUGAGUUUGAUCCUUCUCAAGAUGUAAUUGUUAGCACAACUAUUUCUGAAACUUUACAUUGUUAAAUUAUGUUCUAAUCCAUGAGGAAGAAGGAGUUUCAUAUAGGGGAGGGGGAGAGCAGGAAUACUGACCCUUCAUUGUACAUCGAACUGGUUCAGCCCUUGGACAGCUUUACCUUUCUCUAGUAAUGUACAUUUUAGCUAUUACCUUGAGAACUGAUAAUGGAGCUUGGAUCCAAUUUAGAUAGAAAGAAAUAUUUUUUAUUUUCGAAUAGCAAAAAAAAAAAAAAAAAAAUACGUUGACACUAAUACUUAUAACCUAUCCAGAUGAGAUGCUGACUUUGUAGUGCUGUGAGAUGUUGGAAAACGUCGACCCCUUCAGAACCUGAGUGGUGGCUUCUGUUUGAUGAGCAUGGAAUACGUGAGUGAGGAGAGGACCACACUCAGGCUCAGCCUUGUACAUAUGAGGACAGAGAAGAGCAGCGUUCACUGUCUACCUUUUUCUAGAAUUACCUUGAACCUUAAAUUUUAAAUCAUGUUUAUUGCUAGAAAAUUAAGCAUAGUUAUUUAAACCAAUAAAAAGCACAUUUCUGAAGGAGAGUUAAUCUCUUGACUCUAAUGAAAAGAUAUUAAUAAAAUUCUAAACGUAGGUAGGAGUCUAAAGGAAUUUAUGUAAAAGCAAUCAGAUUUUUUAACUUAUGAGAACCAAAUAAACCUAAGACAUCUUACAUCAUUUCUAGGAUUCUGAAAGAAUAUUUACUCAGCUUUGUGAUGAGGCAGCACAUACUGUAUUUCUAGAUACGAUUUGGAAAACUAUCCUUAACAUGCUUUUUUAUAUACUUUGUACUUAGAGUUUGUUUCAGUCAUUUUUGAAGAUUAUUGCCAGUGCACGUAGCUGUGUGAUUUAUCCUAAACCUCAGUAAAUUUUAUUCAGGAGCACCACAGAUUGAACAUCCAGUUAGGGAAUAUUCCUUGUGGUCUGGAGGCAAUUAAAAACUACCAAAAGAAAAUAGUGUAGAGUUUAGGACUAUUGUCAUUGAUGUCUUCCAUGAUCCCAAACCAGCUGUAGGCUGAGUAUGUAUGUAAAAAGUAGAGUUUUAUUUAUGAAAAGUGUUGUUCUAAGAGGAAAAACCCUUCAGGGCCAUGCUGUAUCCUUUUUAUCCUUCUAUAUGACAUGUCUGUUUAUGUCCUUUGUGGUUUCUUCAGAUUUUCUAUACUAGUGUGGGAACUAAUCAGGAACCUGCCUGGGGUAUAAAGUUUGUGUAUAAAAUACCUGGUAAGUAAAGUCUCUUGAUCCCAGCCUAGAGUAAAUACGAGUGUCAGAGGUCAGACCCCUUGGGUGGGCUCUGCUGAUCAGAGCAGGAAGCUCAAACCUCAGAGUUUGCUUUUCCCAGAACAGUCUAAUAUUUUAAUUCAGGAAACAAUAAACCUUAAGUAAUUAUAAAAAGUAUGCUUGAGGCAUAUUUUUCCAUAAUUAUAUUACAAUAUCUAGUUAUUGCCCUUGAAAAAUCUAUAUAUAAAAGUUAUGUUAUUUUUUACUAUCUUAUUUUUUCCAAAGAUAAUACUGCCAAUACUGCACUCCAAAAAGAAAAGAACAAAACAAAACACACACAACUCACUGAAAACCAUCAGCAUUGCUGUCAGAGAGUCAGUGUGCACAAGAUCAGCAGAGCACUGUGUUUGUUCUGAUGUGACAAAAGUCAUAUCAAACUUAUUAUGAUAAGAUUUUUUUUGAAAACUGUGGAAGAGAUUAGAUGUUUGACUCUAUUAAAACAAAUUUCUAAAAUAUGCUUUCCUGUCCUUGAAGGUUGUCAAGGUUCUAAACUGCCAUGUAUUUAUUUCCUAUGUUUUACUCAAGGUAGCAAGUGCUAUUCAGGCAUAUUAUUGCUUAUUUGGGUAAACAGGACUUUGAAAAUGGUAUUUUCAGGGAUUUUUUCCCUUACAAUACUUUGUAAUACUUGACAUUAUUAUACAUAUAUUGCUAACAAACGUUACAAUUUAAACAUUUUGGAGCUUAAUGAUUCUAGGCUAAAUUUCAGGCACAUUUGACUCAUGCAGGAGAGUUAGCAGAAGGCAGGCAGAGGAGCAGAUGUGGUCCCUGGCACUUUCUCCUACUUUCAGAGCAUACUCUUAAGGUUAGUGACCAGUCUGUAUUAAUGUGAACUUCUUCAUUAAUAACCCUGUGCUGUCAAUAGUGCUCUGACCUAUGCUAGUUUAUCAGUACCUAGAAUCACCUAUAUGUUUCAGAAGUAGGUUUCCAUGACUUCUGUUUAGGUCUCAUAGCAAUCUGAAAACUAUCAGAUGGAAGAGUUGUGAAUAUUUAAAAUAUUCACACCUACCUGCACUAGGAGUAUCACCAAGUGGUACAGCAUUUGCCUGCAGUGCACAAGGCCCUGGGUUCAAUUCCUAGUAGAUGUAUAUAGACACGCUGGCAGCUAAUCAAGGCAUUGGCCUUAUGCCCAGUCAGUGUGGAUGGGUAGAAUAACUUCUGCCAUGCUUCAAGGUCAGGCUAGGAUUGGAGCAAGUCAGAGGCUUACGUUUGGAAUUAGGUUCUAGAAGAUAUAUAUAUAUGUUCUUAUUGCCUCCCUUUUCUGUAGCUUGACAGUUUACCACAUAGUAUGUUUUAAAUUCUUUCUCAUGCUCCUUGAUCUUGUUACCUAAGCAAGUUAAUGUCAGAUGCUAGUUUACUAAACUCAAUGUUAGCCAUUCUGUACGUGCACAAAAGCCCCAUAGCAUUUUGCUUUCCAUAAAUCAUAAACCCACUUCAGACCUGAGGACCAGAGAGCAAGGUAUGACUUGUGUUCACUGUCCAUGUUGGCAUGUGAAUGAAUGUUUGUAAAAUCCUUGCAAGAAUUUCUAGAACCGUCCUCCGUCUUGCUUAAAUUUUCUUGGAAUCGACUGUUGUAGCCCUGGCUACCUUCAAACCCAGAAUCCUCCUGCCUCAGCUUCUCACUGCCACUGUUACAGGCAUAUAUCACCAUACCCAUCUUGUUGAAACUUCCUUUAGAAAAGCAAACCGCAAAUUGAUUACACGUUGCUUUCUGAUUCGUUGUACCAGUUAUAGUUUUUGACAGAAAGCUUACAAGCUUGUACCUAACACUUAGAUUUAUAAUUUAAAUUGAAAAGUUAAUGUUUGACAAAAUAAGGCAGAGACAUUAAAGAUAGUCAUUCAUUGAUAUUUUAAUGAAUCAGACAUGUGAAAUUCUGGCUCACUUGGUGUUUGAAACCUGAUUUUAUCAGGGCAUUAAUAAUACAUACCUGUCAUCCGGUUUGUGGGGCUAAAGCAGGAUGAUUCUAAGUUCAAGGACACACUGAGCAAAUUUUAAGACCCUGAUUCCAAAAACAAACGUGACCUUGUCUUGUUCUGGCAAUCAUUGUGUGCCUCAGUUUACUCUAUGUGCAGGGUGCUCCUCCCCCCUUCAGUCCUCCCCCCACCCCACCCCCGAGCUUGGUUCUCUUGAGUAAGUGCCAUACUUUAGCACUGAGAGUUACUAAGAUCAUCACAGACACUGCACAGUCUCUGUUCUCCAAUGUGUAGACCUUUUAUAGUGACUCAAAUCAGUUUUUUUAUGCUGUUAGAAUGUGUAGAAUUCUUUGAAUGUGGCAUCAUGGAUUUCAAAACUAUAUUUUGCAGUUGCUUUUGUGUUCAGUAAGCUAGUAUUUAUUUGAGCAUAGAAAAUGCACUUUACAAAUCUGUUUUCCCAGUAUCCUCUACAGAUCUAGGUUUUAGAGCCCUUUGGCCAGUCCCUCCAGAGUAGAGCAGUCCCCCCAGGAACUGACUUUGCUUUCCCCACUGUGGUCAGUGUAGACAACUUAUUUGUGACUUAGUGUAAAAAUUAAUUCUGAUCUUGUGCAAGUCAACUCCUUUAGAUAGCAAGCAAGAAACCCUAAAGGACCAUGUGUGAACCUUAGAGUCUGUGGUUCUCUGAUACAUUAUCAUCUUCUGUUACUGAUGCCUGACACUUUUUAAACUGUUAAAAGGAAGAAUUGAGUUUACUUUUCUUAGGUAACAGUUUAAAAUAACUUUAAAUUAAAAGCUCCCUAAGGGGAAUAAAUUACAGAGAAGAUAUAACAGGAGGAAACCUUGCAGGGUGCUGGAAAACUUACUUUGAAAUUCUAUCUAAAAUUUAAUUCAUGCAUGUCUUUACUUAAUCCUGGUAUUUCUGCUUUUAGGAAGUAGAGCUUAACAUUAAUAUAUGCAUAUAUUUUUUUACAUGUAGGAUUCUAGUUUCUAUCUUCUGAACUCAAGAGAGCUAAACUCAACAAACAGGGUAAAAAUCUUCAACUCUUGCCUCAAAUUCAAUGGCCCUUUGUCCUGACAAAAGUUAGUUAGACUUGUCUAAUAAGCUGGUAUUUUUAGGGCAUAAUACCCUCCCAUUAACUACUUAAAGUACCAUGGCAGAGAUAGGAAAUCUAAGCCUUGCCCCACAGUAGAAGAAAGAGUCCCAAAAAGUGCCCAUUUUAUCUAGCAUGACUUGUAAAGACUUCCUCAGCUGACAUCAUUGUUACUGGUCACCUUUUAACUGUCCUUUCCACCUAUACUGUCACAUCUGGAGAGGCAAGGCAGUCCUGCAAGUAAAGGAUGCACAGAGCAGAGCCCCUUGGCAGGCAGUGCUCACUCCUUUGACUCCAGUAGUCAUUUUACAUCUCUAUGUGGAAAGUCAGGAAGCUGAAGUGCCCGUUAGAAAUCAUGAAUGGCUGACGACACCCUAACAGAAAUGCCCUAUGAGGCAGCUCUAACUCAUGCAAUGAGUUUUAAACAGAGACUGGUGUUUGAUCUUUGAAAGUGAUGUCUGGUUUGUCAGAAUGUUUGUUGCUAUUCUUUCCUACCAUUAUUUGUAUGACAUAACCACUGUGACAAGGUGCAGUGUCUCUUCACUUCCCAGGAAUGUUCUAGUAGUUUUUGUUAAGACUUAUUUUCCUCAAAAUGACAGCUGUCAUCACAGAUCCACAUCUAAGACCAGACAACAGAAGAGUGCUGUGUGACCGCAGAAUGGUAGAAGGGAUAAUCUGCGGGCAGCUCAUCUCCUGAGUCCAGCACAUUUGACUCUCCUCCUUGACUUAGGCUGAAUAAUGAGGUUGAAACGUGGAUUUGGGAGAGCAACAAGCUAUGGAAUGCUGACAUAGGCUGUCAUUUUGAACAGCUGUAAGCAAAAGAAACAGGUUGUCUUCCCCCACUUUGCUAUGGCACAUGGAGCUGUGUGCUGGCUGAAAUGGGCUCUCAGAACUGACCGUGGGAACUGAGCGCCUCUAAUCCCGUUUCCUGUCUGUCCUAGCGUCCUUCCUACGUCUAGGAAUUCAUUCUCUUGCUUUAAAUGCAAGUGAAGAAUGAUGAAUAGGGAGGGAUAACACAGAAGCAGUGGAUAGAAUAUGCUCUUUGAAAAAAGACACGUUAAGAUGCACCUACCCCUUGCAGGGCUCAGCUGAUUUCUGUGAAAUAAACUGUUUUAAAUGUUAAUUUUGCUAAGAGCACCUCUAAAAAUAAUGUCUUAAAUUUCAAGUUUCACUUUUGGAAACUACUCCUGAAAAGACAUUGAAUAUACUGGGAAAGUAAACAAUGUUUCUGACUCAAUGAUUCAGUAUUAUUCAGUGUUUAAUCUCAAAUUCAUUGUAACACAAGUGUAGUGUCAUCGUUGGAUUAAAACGUUGGAUGUUUUUGUUAAUAUACUUAAAACUGUAACCAGUGAAUAACACCGUAGUAUUUUUUAUUAUAGAUUAUAUUUUAUUUCAAUAAACUUUGAU